CAUAUUUGCAUCUAUAUGGCAGGAUAGCGGUGCUCGGCGAGCGUAUGGUCCUGUCAACAACACCAACUAUUCCCAUACCGGCCCCCAGUCUUCCCCCGAUCGCGGUCCCCGGGGUCGUGAAACUCGUGUCCGACCAUCGAAGCGGAAUAUCCAGGCUUCCACGUAGGGGAGACAUGCAACGUGGAAGCGGGGUUUAGGUUGACUACGAUGCCUUUCUCCCAGCCAGAGGAAUCCUGGCACAAGAUGGAGGUAAACAGUGUUAGUGGUGAGGUCAAUGGACAUCAAAUCAUGGAUGAGCCCAUGGAGGAGGGAGAGUCUUUCACACACUGUGAUGAGGGGGCAUAUAAGGAAAUUCCUAUCACUCACCAUGUGAAAGAAGGCUGUGAGAAAGCAGACCCGUCACAGUUUGAACUGCUCAAAGUGCUGGGCCAGGGUUCUUUUGGCAAGGUGUUUCUUGUCAGGAAGAUCUUGGGUCCAGAUGCUGGUCAGUUAUAUGCAAUGAAAGUUUUGAAAAAGGCAUCGUUGAAAGUCAGGGACAGAGUUCGCACGAAGAUGGAGAGAGACAUUUUAGUGGAAGUCAAUCAUCCCUUCAUUGUGAAGUUGCACUAUGCCUUUCAGACAGAAGGGAAACUCUAUUUAAUACUGGACUUUCUCAGGGGAGGGGAUGUAUUCACUCGCUUAUCCAAAGAGGUUAUGUUUACAGAGGAGGAUGUGAAAUUCUACCUUGCAGAGCUGGCCCUGGCCCUCGACCACCUGCACAACCUGGGCAUAGUUUACAGAGAUCUCAAGCCAGAGAACAUCUUACUUGAUGAAGCUGGACAUAUUAAGUUAACAGACUUUGGUCUGAGUAAAGAGUCAGUAGAUGCCGAUAAGAAGGCUUAUUCCUUCUGUGGUACGGUGGAGUAUAUGGCCCCUGAGGUGGUCAACAGGAGAGGACACACGCAGAGUGCUGACUGGUGGUCACUGGGCGUACUUAUGUUUGAGAUGCUGACGGGGACGUUACCGUUCCAAGGGAAAGACCGCAACGAGACCAUGAACAUGAUUCUCAAAGCUAAGUUGGGAAUGCCACAGUUUUUAAGUCCAGAGGCCCAGGGUUUGUUGAGAAUGCUAUUCAAACGUAACCCUGCUAACAGACUGGGGGCAGGUCCUGAUGGAGUGGAGGAGAUCAAACGUCAUUCUUUUUUUUCAACAAUUGACUGGAAUAAGUUGUACAGGAGAGAGCUCCAGCCCCCGUUUAAGCCUGCUGCAGGAAAGCCAGAUGACACAUUUUGCUUCGAUCCCGAGUUCACGGCCAAAACCCCUAAAGACUCUCCAGGUAUACCUCCCAGUGCUAAUGCCCACCAGCUUUUCAAAGGCUUCAGCUUUGUGGCUCCAACAUCUUUGGAUGAGAACAAGACCUCCCCGCUCCUCAGCAUACUGCCUAUAGUUCAGAUGCACGGAGGCUCAGCUCAAUUCUCAGACUUGUAUGACCUGCAGGAAGACAUAGGGGUUGGCUCCUACUCCAUUUGUAAACGCUGUGUACACCGGGUCUCCGCCAUGGACUAUGCUGUGAAGAUUAUAGACAAGGGUAAGCGGGAUCCCUCAGAGGAGAUUGAAAUCCUGAUGAGAUACGGACAGCAUCCAAACAUCAUCACUCUCAAAGACGUGUAUGAUGAAGGCAGGUAUGUGUACUUAGUAACAGAGCUGAUGAAAGGAGGAGAGCUGCUCGAUAGAAUUCUCAGGCAGAAGUUCUUCUCUGAGAGAGAGGCCAGCGCAGUGCUCUACACCAUAACAAAGACUGUUGACUACCUCCACUGCCAAGGGGUGGUCCACAGAGACCUAAAGCCCAGCAACAUCCUUUACAUGGAUGACUCGGGGAACGCGGACUCCAUCAGGAUCUGUGACUUUGGCUUCGCCAAGCAGCUUCGAGGGGGAAAUGGCGUGCUCCUCACCCCCUGCUACACAGCCAACUUUGUGGCACCAGAGGUACUAAUGCGGCAAGGCUAUGAUGCUGCCUGUGAUAUAUGGAGUCUUGGAGUUCUACUGUAUACUAUGCUAGCAGGGUACACGCCGUUCGCUAACGGUCCCAAUGACACACCGGAAGAGAUCCUGCUCCGAAUAGGCUCCGGAAAGUUCUCUCUGACUGGUGGCAAUUGGGAUACGGUGUCAGACACCUCAAAGGACCUACUUUCUCACAUGCUCCAUGUGGACCCUCACCAGCGCUACACGGCAGAACAGGUCCUAAAGCACGCCUGGAUCACCUGCAGAGACACGCUUCCGCACUUCCAGCUCACACGCCAUGACGCGCCACACUUGGUCAAGGGAGCCAUGGCUGCCACCUAUUCAGCACUGAGCCAGAAGACAAGCCAGCCAGUGUUGGAGCCCGUGGCAGCGUCCAGCCUAGCCCAGAGACGCGGUAUGAAGAAACUCACCUCAACGGACAUGUAGACUGAAACGCCCACCCACCCACCCACCCACCCACACACACAUACACACACACACGCAAAUACAAGCAGAAAAGCUUUUCCCCUAACUCUGACCUCACUCUUGUUAGCUUACACAGACACACAUCUACAACAACCCUAUUGUCUCCUAAUCGUCUU